CCUGACGCAGGUCCUUCGGGAAGAUCGCUCUUCCUGCGGCGCGAAGUGCGACCUGGAUAUCCCGUCCAGCUCCCAACCCGCAAGGACCCACAAAGAAGCACCAACAUAAGCGACCAAUCCCAAAGAAAUCCGGAUCUGAGCGCCGCUCCCGAAGUAAGCCCGUAAAAUUCCUGGACAGGAGGCGGUAGAUGCCAGGAAUCGCGCAGCUACCACUUGGCGAAGAGGAACCCUCCAUCCAGCUAUCAGGGGGUCGGAUAACGACCGAUCCUGGGGUCCAGGGGUACCGCCACUGAUUCUGCCCCUGGUAUCAGUGGCAUUGAUCCAUUUCUUGCAAUUUAUUAACCCCGGAAUUCGUCGUUAUCCUGGGACCAAGCUGGAAUUUCGCAGUCGGGUCCUGGAACGAAGUUCGGAUUUCUUCGAGCCUUCUCUCGCCGACCGUCGCUGGGGUUGAUCCUCGGUCGGUCCCGUUUCCAUUGGGCUUUGGAUCUUGUUUCAGGCCCUUUUGGGCCCGAUCCUGGGAAUUGAUCGCGAAAGUGUUGAAGAAAGGACUUGGUCUGUUAAGUGCUGGACCGUAGAUGGCUGUCAGCACGCUGAACAUGGCUCCUUACUUCACUGGAUACCCCUUCCAAGGUCAGGGACGCGUAAACCAGCUGGGCGGUGUCUUCAUCAACGGCAGACCCUUGCCGAACCACAUCAGGCUGAAGAUCGUCGAACUGGCCGCCGCAGGGGUCAGGCCCUGCGUCAUUUCUCGACAACUUCGGGUGUCUCAUGGAUGCGUCUCGAAGAUCCUUAACCGCUAUCAGGAGACCGGCUCUAUCAGGCCCGGAGUGAUCGGCGGCAGCAAACCUCGGGUGGCCACCCCGGAGGUUGAGGCCAGGAUCGAGGACCUCAAGCGGCAGAACCCCGGGAUCUUCAGCUGGGAGAUCAGGGAUAAGUUGAUCAAGCAGGACGGAGUCUGCGACAAGGCGUCGGCACCCUCGGUCUCCAGCAUCUCCAGGCUCUUGCGAGGCCCCACGACCCAGGCACGACCUGGAGAGGACCCCCGGAGGAACCACUCGAUCGACGGCAUCCUGGGAGGAAGCAGCGGGGACGAUUCCGAGACCGAAAGCGAGCCUGGGAUCACCCUGAAGAGGAAGCAGAGGAGGAGCAGGACCACCUUCACCGGGGAACAGCUGGAGCAGCUGGAGGCGGCUUUCCAUAGGACCCAAUACCCUGACGUGUACACCAGAGAGGAGCUGGCCCAGAAGACCAAGUUGACCGAAGCCAGGGUCCAAGUGUGGUUCAGCAACAGACGAGCCCGUCUUCGCAAGCAACUCACCAGCCAACAGUUGAAUGCCUUCAACACCAUGAGCUUGCAACCCUUUCAAUCUCAGCAUUAUGCCAGCGGGGCUGAGAGCUAUCAAGGAUAUGGACAGGCAUCCGUGGCUGCUGCUGCUACCACUGCUGGGUACCCCCAACAUUACAAUUACGGGGACAAUUACUACGCCGCCCAGCAACAAUGGCCCAGGACCACCGCCGAGAACUAUGGCCUCUUCAACGCCAGCCACUACGGGAGCGGAAAUCUCGCCUCGAACCUAACUUCAACCAACCUGAAUCUAGGGAGUUUGGGGGGCAGCGUGAGCCCUAGUGCCUCCAACAUGAGUGCCUGCAUGGUGCAGGGGGCUCCAGCAGGGGUACCAACUUCAGGAAUGGGGCACCACGUCACCCCCCAUAGUCCCAGCGAGGCCAAAAGCGGAUAUCCCUAUCUGGGGGGAAUCGACUCCCAAGUAUGCGGCAGGGUCCACUGAAGUCCCUAGAUCGUGAAGUCGACAUCAAGAUUCAAGCAAUUCGGGACGAUUAAAACCUCCCUAGACCCCGCCUCCUAGAUCUCCUCUCCUCUAGGACUCCCAAGUUCCGACUAGGAGAUUAAUCUCUGGGGGGAAAGUCGCUCCUAGGGACUUUCGAGUUACCCGGAGAACUAGUUCGCCGGGUUCAGUUUUUGUCCCAGGGCCUGAUCGAUUCGCUUUACCCGACGACAUUAAUGACUAUUUAUACACGUGGAA